AUGAAUAAAAGCAAAUCAAAAAGCAAAAAGAAAAAAGGCAUCAAGGGUAAAGACAAUGAGACGAAGAAUCUAUCAAAUGAGGAGAUCGAAAAUUUAGUCAAAAUACAAAGGGAGGAACUGCUUAGGGCAGUUCAAAGGAAGCGCUUGCUGGAGAGCAGACUGGAAGAAAAGAAAAACGAACUGGAACGCUUCAAAAAGGAGUACCACGAAUUGAAAAGCAAAGUAGACUUCCUUAGCGAGGGAUGUGAAAAGUAUGGAGAAAAGACCGAGGAAGAACCAAAGGUGAUUAAAAACAAAUCAGUCUUUUACAAUUUUCAAAAUGCAGAGGAGUUAAAAAAGCUGAACAAGGAAAAGGAAGAUAUAAAGACCAUGAUUGGGGAGAAGCACGAGCAGACAAUGAAUAAUUUGGUAAACUUCAUAGAUCAACAACGAGUCAACUUGGAUGAUGUGAAAAACAGAAACUUCGAGGAAAUAGACCACCUGAAUGCGUCCUUCGAUUUGAAACUAAAAAAAAUGGAGAAACUAUUCAAAACAUAUCUGGAAGAAUAUGAACACGACAUGAAAGACGAAAUGGAUGAAAUGAUUGAUAAUUACAACGUAAUCGAGAGGAACGAAAUAAUUUAUUUAAACAACCUGUACAAUGAUCAUAUUAACAGCAUUAAUGAAAUACAUGUCGAUAUGCUUCAAAAUUGUAAGAAUUAUUAUAUAGAACAAAUCAGGGGAAAUAUUGAUAAAAUAAAAUCACUCAAGAGCAAUAUUAACGAGCUGGACGAGCGUGACCGGGAAUUAAGAAACAACCUGAGCGUCCACAGUAGCCAGAAUUUGGACAUGGCGGAGAAAAUAGGCUCCUUGGAGGUUAAGAGGGAAAACCUCAACAAGGACCUGAAAUUUUACUCCAAAGACUUUGUAAUCUUCAAAAACUUGGAGCUAAUUUAUAACGAAAGCAAUAUGUACAUAAAAAAUUUAAGAGAGUUCGCCCAGAAUUCGAAGGAAAAAAUUUCUCAAGUGGAGGAGGCGUUUGAGGAACUCCCACAAGGGGAUGACCAAAAUGGGGAUGCUUAUUUUGAAGGCCAUUUUGAAGAAAUAGAAAAUAAAAAUAGGCUAUUAAGAAAAAUGGUACAAAACAUUGACCUGGACAUGGACGCAGUGAACAAGGAAUUAACUUCCUACAUAAACAGCCAUCAUGUGAGGGAUAACGAUGUACAGAAGGUGCGGCAAGGAAUAAACUUCUGCAUGCAAACUUACAACAAAGAAUUUGACAAUCUGCUAUAUACGAAAAAGCGGGUGAAAAAAAAAAUGAAAGACACUUCCAAUGUGUACGAGAAAAAAUUGCGCGACAUAAAUGUGAAGCAGGGUGGUUAG